CGCCGCGGCCACCUUGCGCCGCGCCCGCCUCCGCCGAGCCCCCCAGCGCGCAGCCGGAACCCCCGGCCCCGCAGGCCCCAUGGAGGAGCCGCUGCUGUGGUUCUGCAACUGGAGCACGCUGGCCGUGUGCGCCGCGCUCAAGCUGCCGCAGAUCUCCGCGGUGCUGGCGGCGCGCAGCGCGCGGGGCAUCAGCCUCCCGAGUUUACUUCUGGAGCUGGCGGGUUUCCUGGUGUUUCUCCGGUACCAGUGUUACUAUGAGUACCCGCUGCUGACCUUCCUGGAGUACCCCAUUCUCAUCGCACAAGAUGCCCUCCUCCUGCUGUGCGUCUUCCAUUUCAAUGGGAACGUGAAGGGGGCAGCCCCGUACAUGGCCCUAUUUGUGGUCUCGUGGUUCGUCCUUCCCCUGCAGAAGUGGAUCAUGGAUCUGGCCAUGACAGAUCGGGUGGAGUAUGGACAGACGUGGUGACAAGAUGUGUGCAGCACUGGCCUUUCCCCUGACAGGAGGGGGCAGGGCCCUGCCUAAGCCCUCGUGCACUGGAGUUCCCAGCCGGACUCCCCGCCCGCCCGAGCUGCUGAUGCAGUCCCACCUGGGGUCCGUCCUUGGAGCCGACUGCUCCAGGAGUGACCCGUCCUCGGAUCUGAGCCCACGCCCUUGCUCUCUGCCUGGGGCACUGGCUUCCCGUGACUUUACAACCUCCCGGGUCCCAGUAACCGCUUCCCUCCUCCAUCUUUACAAGGACACGGUGCUGUGACUCAAUAAGAGCUGGUCAAGUGCCAGCCCCACGUCAGGUGCAGGGGGCCGAGCCGAGCCAGACCUACUGCCCCCCAAACCCCCAGUCAUGGAGCUUUCGUCCUGAGGGUCAGAAUUUAAAUGAGCUGCUCUGGUCAAGGACACCAGCCACUUGCACUCGCACUGAAGCCAAAGGCUGGUCAUUGUCGUUCUCGUCUGGCCUCUCUGUAGCAUCUGCUGCCCCAGAUCAGGAUUCCGCCUUGGAUCAUUUGGUUCACUUGACUUCCGGGGCACCUUGCCUGUGGUGGCCCCUCCACGUGCUCCUUGGACACAUUUCCGCCUGUCCCCCCUCGCCUCCCCGUCUUUUUUUCGCAGAGACUCAGGCCUGUAGUGUGUCCUGAGUCUAACCACUGACUCCAGGCUACGCGUGCACAGCUCACACGCGUCCCCGCUGAGCUCCUCCUGGCCCCGCUCUUCCGGCAAACUUGCCCCAUUUGCAGCUUUAUAUUUCUCAGCCUGCGGCUAUUCGGUUCUUCUCUGUGAAGUCAGAGACCUUGCAGCUCCGAGCCGCUCUGCUCUUUGCCUGCAUCCCACAGCCCACCAGCCAGUUCGCCCAGCUCUGCGCUCACAGUGCAUCUUCUCCCCUCUGCUCACACCUCCCUGGUACGCUGUGGCCGUGGCCGUGGCCCGCCCACCGUGGUCCCAGCUUCCACCUUGCUCCCUUUGAUCUCCGUGGGUCUGAUGUAGAGGUGGGAACACCACAGGGCCGGCCCUGCCCCCAGGGAAGCGCCGCAGCCGCUGGCUAAUUCCAGGUGGUCUCUUACCUCUCGGGGCCGCAGAGGGCCUGAGUGCAGGACCUCCGGGACCGGUUGGCAUGGCCAGAAAUUCAGACCUCAAGUGCCUUGCCUGCUGCUUGGACUUUAUGAGUCUUUCCGUUCAAAGCAGCACAGUUUCCCCCAGGCCCUAAAACACCGUAUCUGUCUUUCUCUAUCCAUCUACCAAUCUACAUGUCUGUCUAUCUAUCUUCAUUCAUCCAUCCAUUCAUCCAUC